AUGCCAUGUCCCUACAAAACCUUGGAUGUCCUGCCAUCGGCCAACGAAAAUGAGAUUCGUUCUGCCUACCGAAGACGCGCGUUGACAACGCAUCCAGACAAAGGAGGAUCAGCUGAAGCCUUCCGCUGUGUGGUCGAGGCCUUUGAGUCCUUGGUGGAUGCCAAUCGCCGCCAAUCCCUGUCUGCAGUGAGUCCUGAGAAGCCCAAGCAGAAGCCGGAGCGACCGGGGCGAACUGGGCGACCUGCUCCGCCGACCGCGCGGCCCACACCGACGGGUCAUGUGCCGCGUGCACCGACCGCGCGGCACGCGCCCCGUGCACGACCGAAGGGCCCAUCCAGCGGUGAUGCGGCGAAGUCACGGGGUGUGCCGAAAGCGGCCGCGACUUCAAAAGCUGAAAGCAGUAAUCAUGUGGACUAUGAUGAAAUGCUCUACAGAUUUAUGUAUGGUGAAAGGAAGAAGCCAAAGAUUAUGGCUGCUUUGCGUGAGCUUUCUGAAGAAGUCCUUCAAGGUUUCGCUCGAUACCUGGAGUCCGACACCUUGCGCAAGCCCACACGCCUCGCUUUGGAAGCUUGUCCAGCGAAGAGGAGAAGAAGGAGGAAAGCUCCGAUCACACAAGAGGAAGCGCAAAUGCCCAAGUUGUCCAGGGGCAUCGUGCGACAACACCGGCGAUUGGUGAAUGGCUACUACAUUGAUUACUCCGCGAGCGUGGGCUUUCACUGCAUGGUGAUUCGAUCGCAAUCAGUCAGAAGCCUGGACGAGGCCAUCGACUUUCAUAUCAGUUUAGUCAAGGUGCGGCAAUGCUUCCUUUCAAACUUGAAGUCUGGAACCGGUUUGGGGCCCUCCUUACGCGAAGCCAUCCACACCGUGGUCUCGGAGCGGCGUGCGGCUCAGCUCCCACGACUCCGCAUGGCCUUUCGCUUUCGGAAGGGGCGGCACAUGUCUUUGAGCUUCAAAGAAUCCGAUUUGGAUGGCUUCAUCACCACGUGGCAAGACAUGGCCAAGACAUACCACGUGCGCCAGCCGCGGCCGCCGCGUGACGCCCACGUGGCCGCCCGGCGCCGGACUCGCGUGUCGCACGAGGAGAGGGCGAAGAGGACCGAGGCAAAGUUCCAGGCCAAGCUCUCUUUUCUCCGCAAAGCCAUCUCCCGGACCUUGCUCCACUUGGCUAAGCGCCGCAAGCGCACCUGCAAGAAAUGGGGCGUGGAGGAGUUGCCGGAUGGCAUCACAGUGUGCUCCUUCCAGGAACCUCAAGACUCGCUGUGUGCCAUGGUGCGAUUGUCCGAUGGCACGCAGCGCCCCGGGCCCUACCGCAAGCGGCUCCGCGAAGCGGAGCGCGACCUGACGGAGCUGCGGCGCCUGGGGCGCAGCGGCGACGCGGCGCUGCUGGCGGAGCUCUUCCGCCGCGAUGCGGAUGCCAUGACGGCCUUCUUCGUGCAGGGCCUGGGACAGCCUAAGCAGAAGCGCCAGAAAAAGCGGGGCGCUGGUGCACUGGCAUCGCUGGAGAUUCUGAGCAGUGCCACACCCUUCGUGUUGCCGCAGUUGCCAGUGUUAGUCGACCUUUUUGCAGAUAGCAAGCUUGGUGCCCCUGCACAGAAGGCAGCCAAGGCCAUCGUUAGUCACUUGCAACCGAAAGGCCAUGGCAUCGCCUCGGAGGCCGAACGAGACACCGAGAACCACCGAGACGGAGGAGCGCGAGAAUCGUGGGCAUUCGGAAUUCUCUGCUGA